AUGUCGGUUGAUAAUAAUAAUUGUGACAAGUUAGCAAUUGACGUUCCCAAUCUUAAUUUCAGUUAUGGAGGACCUCCUAUUUUAACAAACCUGCAAUUACAACUAAAAAAAGGAAACCGAUGCCUGUUAGUUGGUGCAAAUGGGGCAGGUAAAUCUACUUUAUUGACAAUAUUGGCGGGAAAAAGAAUGGUGCGAGAUAAAGUAUCUGUUUUUGGAAAAGACGCAUUUAAAGAUGCACCAUCUGGUAUUACUUAUUUGGGGACUGAAUGGGCAAAUAAUCCAGUUAUUCGUGGUGAUAUUUUAGUUUCCACCUUAUUAUCAAACAUGAAUGGUGACAGAUAUCCCGAAAGACGUGAUGAGUUAAUAGAAAUAAUGGAUAUCAAUCCAAUGUGGCGUAUGCAUCAAGUAUCCGACGGACAAAGACGCAGAGUACAAUUUGUUUUAGGUUUGUUAGAACCAUGGGAUUUACUGUUAAUGGAUGAAGUUACUGUUGACUCGGAUGUAUUGGUACGAACAGAUCUGCUAAACUACCUAAAAAAAGAAACUGAAACGAGGGGUGCCACAAUAGUGCAUGCAACACAUAUAUUUGAUGGACUCGGUGAUUGGCCUACGCAUAUUGCUCAUAUCAAGCGUGGCACGAUCGUAGCUUUUCAUGAUCUCAAUCAAUUUCCUGAACUUGACAAAAUGAUACAUCAACAACUUCAAUUACGUUCUUACUAUAAUGAAGUUGAUGAUAGAACAAAUCAAAAAUUAUUUUCAUACUAUCGUAAAAAUAUGGAAUCGCCACUUUUAAAGGUUGUUGAGCAAUGGUUAAGAGAAGAUUUCCAGGAAUUAAGGCUUCUCCAGGCUGAAGAGAGGAAAAAGGCCGAACAGGAACAGGACAAAGUAUUGUUAGGUGAAGAAGUACCAAGAACAAAAUGGGAUGAUCUUUCGGAAAAUGUGAAUGCCUAUGGUGAUAAAUAUUAUAAUUAUUGGAAUAAUUGA